AUGGCGACGCCAAGAGAGCACAUUGAGGAGCUUCGGAGGAGGACGUUCUCCAUUGGGUCAGAGGAGAAAAAUCCUCUUGCUUUUAUGCUUGAUAAAGCGAAUGCGGAAGAUAAUGUGUACUCCAACGAGGUGGAUCCUUCACUGGAGUUCAUCAUAACGUCCCGGGACAUAACUGGAACUGGUGCACCGACAACACUACUGCUUUUCAAUAAUGAGAAGGGGUUUUCUCCCAGGAAUAUCGAAUCCCUAUGCUCUGUUGGAAAUUCCACAAAGAAGGGCAAAAGAAAACGCGACAAGGUGAAAGCGGUGAAGGAACAGCUCUCCAGUGUGCAUCCUGAAGUCUUGUUGUUCCUUUCCAAGAUAAAGCACUUUUCAGUGAGGGAAGAUCCCAACCUCAAUACUGUUUUAACCAUUUCAAUUACUAAAGAGGUUGACUUAGUUUGGAGAAAGAGUAUCGACGCCAUGUCCUACACCCUCCACCUGUCUGCCGAGAGCAACAAUGGUAAAGGCAAUGGUGAAUGCAACUACUAUGUGUGGAAGCAGAGGUUUCCAGUGAACUUGGAAAACCGAGUUGAAAGUAGAAUCGACUUGGAAGAACUGGUAGUGACUUUAGCUUUCCCAAAUGGAGAACGUCUUCACAAAGGUGGAGGAAAGCAUUCACCUGGCAUCUAUGCAUUUCUUCCCACGGAAAUGAUCACCAACUUUCCCUUCAUAAUUCAAGCUGAUUUUAUCCUGUCAUCAUCCAGGGAAGUCGUGCUGCUUGAUAGCAAAUGGAAUCAAGAGAUUCUCGGGUGUGUCCCCACAACAUUUGUUAAUGCAUUAGUUGCUGUGAUCAAAAGCGACCAAGGUGUUCCAGUUGCUACUUUGCGUCAAAUGUUUUGGUUUCUGCCAAUCGAGGCUUCUUCGUACCCACUCCUGAAUGUUGUGAGGGCAUCAAUUCAGAUGAAGUUAUCUAAAGAAAGCAUUUUGCCAAGUGAAUCCCAUAAGGAUCAGAAGUUCUUUCACAAGCCCUGUGAAGUCGCUCGCCUUUUGCCUGCUUUAUGGGAUAUCCUGGAGAAAGCCAGGGAUGGAAAUGUCAACCUUCAUAAUCUAUCAUCACAUGGCUGCUAUAUCCUUGCUUCUUUGUUUGAUAUCGACGAGUAUAAUGCGGUUCUCGGUUUCCUGGGCGUGAGAUUUGUGGCACAUGAAUGGUAUGCAAAGUGUAUCCAGAGCUCUAAUCUCUUGAAGGGAAUCUCAGAUGAAUUGUAUGUAGAGCUUCUCCAUUUCUUCGCUGAGAACUGGGCAACAAAAUUAUGGAACACAAACUUGAGAGGUGUACCUUUACUAAGACAUGUUGGUGCUCAUGGGAAUGUGUUUUAUGAUAUUCCUAAUUUAUCUCCUCCCAAUGAUGAAAUCCCUACAGUGACAGGACCACUCACCAAGCAGAAUGCACUGUGGUUGUUGGAUUGGAUUGAUGAUCUCAAAUCCAAAAGAAUACAGAUACCAGAGAAGUUCUUAACUUCCAUAAGAAAAGGUAGCUGGUUGAAGGUUACUAUGAACGGGUCUUCUGAUUAUAAGCCACCAUCUCAGUCAUUUUUGCUUUCUUUGAAGAGGACGAAAAACUCAGAAUGGGGAAGCAUUUUGCAAGAUGGAUCUGUGGCAGUUGAUAUCCCUUUGGUGGAUUUGAGUUUUUAUGGUGAAGAUACUAUUAUUGCUCACAAGGUGGCACUCAAAGAAAUUGGUGUCAUGUUUGAAUACGAGGAAGCUUGUGAGUAUAUUGGCCGACACUUCAUGUCACAUAUUGAUUCUACGACUUCAACGAGAGGCACUGUAUUCUCGAUGCUUAAAUUCAUCAGAUUUCUGAGCGAUAAAUUUCUGCCCCCGUAUAAAUUCAUUUCUAGCAUAAAAGGGGAUAAGUGGCUACAGACUUCAUCACAUGGUUACCGCUCUCCCGUUGAAUGCGUUGUACGCAAGGGGCUUUGGGCUGUUGCAGAGCAAAUCUGUGAACUUCCCUUCAUCAGUGAUAGUUAUUAUGGACAGGAGAUCCAUUCCUUUGAAAACGAACUCAGUUGUCUUGGUGUGAGAGUUUGCUUCACUGUUAGUCACGAUCUUAUUGUCCAACACUUGAAACCCAGUGCUUGCUUGUCUGAUGAUUUGACAAAAGAAGCGCUUUUCCUGAUUUUGGAAUGCAUGCGUAAUUCAAAAUCUGCUGCUUCUAAAGUUAUCACGACACUACAACAAGCUAGAUGUUUGAAGACGAGUUGGGGUUACAGGUCUCCUGGCGAAUGUUUCCUAUUUGACCCUGAAUGGAGCUGCCUUCUGGAGGUUUUUUGGGGUUCUUCUCCGAUCAUUGAUGGUGGUUUCUAUGGUGAUGAAAUUAGCACCUUCAAGGAAGAGCUAAUACAAAUAGGAGUGAAGAUAGAUUUCAAGGAUGCGAUCGAAGCUUUCGUCGCCACUUUUAAGCAGCAGCAGCAACAACAUGCAUCAAUGUCAAAGAUUACAAAGGAACAAGUGCUAUCAUUUCUGUCAUGCUUCAGACAUUUGAAAGCAAUGAAGAAACCUCUCUUUGAUAUCAUAACCUGCACCCGCUCUCAGAAGUGGCUUCGAACGAGGCUUGGUGAUUUUAGAUCUCCAGCAGAAUGCAUUCUUUUUGGGCGUGAGUGGGAAUCACUCCUUGCAAUUAUUCGCCUUCCUUUCCUUGACGAUGGUGAUAAUAUUGGCUACGGAAAGGGCAUUCAUGAGUAUGCAUGUGAGCUCCAGCAGUUGGGGAUGAUUGCCAGUUUGAAAGGAGUCCAAAGGAUUGCUGCUUGUUUGAUUCCAGUUGGGUGGGACAUGGCUCUUCAGCAGACUGAUGGACCUUUCAUUGAUGAAUCCUUUUUCGGUCCCGAAAUUGCAUCCUAUAAGAAAGAGCUGGGUGAGAUAGGAGUUUGUCUCGAUCCAGGAGAGGUAUGCAAGCUACUUGCCAAUGAGCUUGAGAAUCACUCUAAAUUAACCACCAUAGUCCGGAUAUAUGAUUUCUUGAGAGAGCAGAAGUGGAAGCCUCAUCAGGAGAAUGAUGCAUCGACGAGGUGCAAGAUCUGGUUUCCUGACCAUGGCUGGGUAAAUUAUGAAGAAUGCAUCCUGCACGAUAAAGAUGGUCUCUUUGGCUCCCAAUUAUACGUUCUGGAGAAACACUACAACAACAAAUUAUUGGGUUUCUUCAAGGAAGCAUUUGGUGUUAGAGCUAAUCCAUCUCUGACUAAUUACUGCAAUCUUUGGAAGAGAUGGGGAAACAGAUCAAGUCACAGUUUGACUCAUUCAGAGUGUUGUGCAUUCUGGAGUUCUGUUGUUAUUAUGAGCCACCACAAGAGCGAUAAGGAGAAAGAAGAAGUCCUUGCUGGAGAGCUCUCGAAGCUCCCAGUGGUUUCCCCGGUCGCCAUGGGAGGACAAAUACUGAUGUCGGACAAGCGAGAUGUUUUCAUUGCGGACGACCUUCAAUUGAAGGACCUCUUCUCGGAGUAUCUGAUUUUCGCCUGGUAUCCUGAACCGAGCUUGCCUGAUUUGCCUCGGACUAAGUUGCUGGAAGCUUACAGGGCAAUAGGAGCUCGCCGAAUUUCUGAGUCUGUGCAGAAGAAAGAAGAAAACUCAGACACCAAAAGUCAGACUUGUUCAGGAAAGAAAAGGAAAACAAAGAGUCGAGAACUCAGACAGUUGAAACCAGAGGAUGUUUUCAUAGGGAAAGAGCUAGUGAAGAUCAUACUCGCUUUUCUAGCUGAUCCAUCUCUCGACAAGGAAGCAAAGGAGAGGCACGAGAAAGUGAAGGCCCUCCUUAAUGUUACGGUCUUGGAGACGGUGGAGCCUCUGAGUGUAAGCUACAAUUUGACUCUAUCUUCAGGGGAAGUAUUGAGAAAGGUGAAAGCCACAGAAAUGGUUCGCUGGGACAAGGACGAUGACAAGUUGUACCGGAGAAGAAAACUGGUAGCAGCAGCAGGAGCAAGAGGAGUCUGA